AUGAGGUGCAAGCUACUCCUAACCUCCCUCCUCCUCCUCGCCGCUGCCUUCUCCAUAACUGGCUUAGGCGGGUGGAAGCCCAUAAAGGACCUCAACGACCCAUACAUUCAGGAAAUCGCAAAUUUGGCCGUCACUGAAUAUGAUAGAAGGUCGAAAGUGAGCCUAGUGCUCGUGAGCAUGAAGAGCAGUGAGUCCCAGGUGGUCAAAGGGUCGGUCUACCACCUUAUCAUCUCAGCGACAAACGGGACCACCACAGCAGAUUACGACGCCAUCGUCCCGGACAAACUUGACCAUUCGAGGGAACUCACUUCAUUCAAGCCUGUUAAAUCCUAA